AUGGAAUAUCAAUGUAAAUGUGUUGAAUGUGUUACUUCUCACGUUAUGGAUAACGACUACAAAAGGGAUGUACAAAAUUUAGUUCUUAAACUGUGUAGAAUUAUUUUUCAAGAAAUCCAAGGAAGAAAUAAAAUAUCACCUCAAAUUAUGUCACAAAAACUAUUUCAUGGGGACAUUUGUUCAAAGCAGAGCUUGGAUCAAAUUGCCCGUCUCUUUAAACCCAUAAAAUACUUUAAUUAUAUUGAAGGAAAAUAUCUUCCUAAUAACAACUCAGAAAUUACCUUUUCUUAUGAUUGGAAUUUGCCUGAUCAUGAUAAUAAUAUAGAUCAUUUAAUCUCCAUUACUAAAGAUUGGUAUAGACCUUUCGUGGAUUAUAUUAGUAAAAUAGAUCGUUGGAGACGUCAUUAUUGGAGGGAGGUCGCCAAUUCCAUACCAAAUCCCGAUGAGCUCUUAAACAAUAUUGUGAGUUAUUUACCUGAAUUUAAAUAUCUAUACGAUUUCCAUUGGAACGACCAUUGGAACGAUCACUGGAAUGAUCAUUGGAAUAUUCAUUGGAACAAAGAAUCUUAUAAUCUACUUCAAGAUCCAUGCGUUCUAUUUUUGGCUUCAGAUUGUGGUGUAUUUGCUAUUGUGGUGAUAAAUUUUUGCCGUCAAUAUAUAGUUGAUGACGAUAAUGAUCCUCAUCUAUAUGAUCAAUAUCUCGAUUGGGUCAAAGCUUAUAAAGCAUAUGCUACUGAGAAACAUGGAAAUAAAUUAGUAACUGUAAUCGGUGCGACUUAUACUAAUAAUCCUGACCUUAUGGAACCUCUUGAAUUUGUCGAUGAAAUUGAUCGUUCAAUCGCUCGUUCCAUCAACACUUAUACUCCAAAAUCUUUUUCUGAUUCUCAAUUUCUUUCAG